CAUGGGCAGUUUCUUCCACUCUCUCUCAACUUGCCCAAAACCAACAACCUAAAAAACCAGCACCUCCUCAUAUAAACGCCCACAUUUUAUUUCUUCCCUUUUAUAGAUUUAAUUUCAUUUUCCUGUUUCCACAAAUUCAAAUUCAUAAUGCAGUAAAAUUAGAUUGGUCGGCGUUUCUUGUUUCUGCUCAAUUAAGAAUCUUUUUUUUUUCUGUCUGUUUGCAAUUGAUAUAAUUCUUGAAAAAGGUAUAUACAUAUUUAUAUAUAUAUGGAAUCGAAUCCUAUGUCCGGCGCCGGAAUUUAUUCCAAUGUUCAACAACCCGGUAUGUUGGGCCUAGAAAUGUCACUCCACCACCACCACCCUUUGCCGCCGCCGCCGAAUCAGCAAAACCCUCACCUCAUGCCGCCGCAGCACCACCACCCCAUGCCGUCCUACGGCCACCACCACGACGCCGCCGCCGCCGCCGAGUAUUUACACCCCCAAACUCAGCAGCAACCCCCCAAACAAAACACAUACCCAUCUGCACCGAAAUCAAAAACCCAACCUCUGACCCUGAGCGACGACGAUGAGCCUGGAUUCGCCGCCGAUAACAGCGCCGACGACGGGAAGAGGAAAAUGACUUCGCCCUGGCAGAGAAUGAAGUGGACCGACAACAUGGUCAAGCUGCUGAUCAUGGUGGUGUUCUACAUCGGCGACGAGGUUGUUGUUGGUGGUGGUGGUGCCGCCGCCGAGGGGGUGGACAAGAAGAAGGGCGGCGGUGGGGCUCUGCAGAAGAAGGGGAAGUGGAAAUCGGUGUCCCGGGCUAUGAUGGAGAGAGGGUUCUACGUUUCCCCGCAGCAGUGUGAGGACAAAUUCAACGAUUUGAACAAGCGGUACAAGAGGGUUAACGACAUUCUCGGCAAAGGCACCUCUUGUCGUGUCGUCGAGAAUCAGACCCUCCUCGAUUCGAUGGAUCAUUUGUCGCCCAAAAUGAAGGAAGAAGUGAAGAAGUUGCUCAAUUCCAAGCACUUGUUUUUUAGGGAGAUGUGUGCUUAUCACAACAGCUGCGCCCACGGUGGCGGCAGCAGUGGAGGUGGCGGCGGUUUUCACCAUCCGCCUAUAGAGACGGAACCCUGUUUCCACUCAUCGACGGAAAAUGCAAAUGCACCGGUUAUUAACAAGGGUUCUAAAUUGGAUAAUGAUGAUGAUGAUGACGAUGAUGAUGAGAGCAAUGAUGAUGAUAGUAAUGAUGACGUGGAUGAUGACGUGGACGAUGAUGUAGACGACGAUGGAGGGGGGUCGAGGGACGAUGACGUGGCGAAGAAGAGGGUGAGGAAGGGUGAUUCGGAACUAACGAACUCGGGUUUGAUUCAAGAAUUGGAUGCUGAGCUGGCGAGGGUGUUGCAGGAUCCGACCAAGGGUGCGAUGGAGAAGAGGCGGUGGAUGAAGACGAGGCUGAUGAGAUUGGAAGAGGAGAGCGUGGGGAUACAGUCGCAGUCGUUCGAGAUUGAGAAGCAGCGGUUGAAGUGGUUGAAGUUCAGUAGCAAGAAAGAGAGGGAGAUGGAAAAGGAGAAGCUCACGAACGAGAGGCGCAAAUUGGAGAACGAGAGAAUGGUGCUACUUAUACGACAAAAGGAGUUCGAUUUGUUGCAGCAUUAUUAUUCGAACAAGAAGAGCGACCCCUCUUCCAUAACCGGAUGAAUUCAAUUAAUCAAUCUGCUAUUCAUAGUUAAUAAUGUGGAAUUAGAUAUUAGGCUUAAACAAAAAAAAGGAGGUUGUUAAUUUAGUCUCAAUUUUUCAAAGUUUGAAUUAGAAAAGUAACACAAGUUUUGUA